UUGUUCUUUUAAGGUCAAUGCCUCGCGAGGUAUUUGGGUCAUGAUCCAAGCUAUUUUACUUUAUUUAUUAUUCCCGAAUAGAGAAGGGAUAUCGCCGCAGAGGGAGAGGGAGAUGAGGAAGUUCGAUCCAUGGCCGAUAUUCUUCCGCAGGGAAUGGAACAGGAACUGGCCUUUCCUCACAGGCUUUGCCAUUACCGGCGCGAUUAUCAUCAAGAUGACUGCCGGCUUCACCGAGGAGGAUUUCAAGAAUUCUCCCUUUGCUCAAGCGCAUAAACGGAAAUAGUGUUAUGAUGGCUAUAAUUUGAGGGUUCUGCACUUGUAUCAAGACUGCUGCUCUCUCCUUUUUUUUUCUCUUCAGGGAAUGUUGAUUGUAACCAUGCUUUUUUAAUAGACUGAAUAAGAUUUGAUCUGCUCCAAUUUGAGAAUAUCUUUUCCUAUUUAGCUUUCUGAUAAUGAUUUGGGAUAUCUCGUUUUUUUUUUCCGUCUCCAUUAUGUAUUAACAAAUUAUUUUAUGAAGUAUUUGUGACUUCAAUUUUGCAAUUCUACA